CAAUGCUCGGCCACACUCCCUCUCAGCACUUCAACCCGGUCAUCCCGGCCGGUGCCUCGGCCGGCAUGUCGGAGGCCACCGCCUCCGGCAUUCGUCAGCAUCGCUUCGACCCCUACGAUAACAACGGCGGCUCGAUUCUCGCCAUCGCUGGCGAGGACUUCUGCAUUGUUGCUGCGGACACCCGCCAGUCGACCGGCUACCACAUCAACUCGCGCUAUGCCCCGAAGGCCUUCAAGCUCAACGAGACCGCUGCCAUCGCCUCCUCCGGCUUCUAUGGCGACAUCACCAACCUCAACAAGCGCCUCCAGAUGCAGCUUCGUCUUUACAAGUCCAACCACCAGAAGGACAUGCCGGUCACCGCCCUGGCGCAGAUGCUGUCUGGCAUGCUCUACCAGAACCGGUUCUUCCCGAUUUAUUCGUUCAACAUCGUCGGUGGCAUUGACGAGCAGGGCCGUGGUGCGGUCUUCCACUUCGAUGUGGUCGGCAGCUUCCAGCGCGAGUGGUAUCGUGCUGAUGGCACCGGCCAGGCUCUGAUGCAGCCCUUCCUUGAUAACCAGCUCGGCUUCAAGAACCAGCAAAACGUCGAGCCCAAGCUCCCGACCCUCGAGCGUGCCAUCGGCCUUGCGCGCGAUGCCUUCAACUCCACCACCGAGCGUGACAUCUACACUGGUGACCAGCUGGAGAUCUUCAUCUUCCAGGCCGGCUGCCCCGUUCGUGUGGAGACCUUCCCCCUGAAGAAGGACUAAGCCAGUUCCAUGUCCGGCUGUUCUGCUGAUUGCUCUUCUCUCUCUCUCUCUCCCCGUAUCAGAUUCCGUGCGGCUGCAUCUUCUUCAGCCUCGAGCUCUGCUCUUCUUCUCCUUUGCACUUUGGAACCUUGCCCCCUCCCCCUCCCGGUUGAGACGGCCUGUGUUAUUUUUCCCAUCGUGUGUUCCCCCCUCUCUCGUUCCCUUCCCCCCCCCCCC